CGGCCGCGGCGUUGCGUCACCGCUCCCAGGGACUGGGAGGCGCGUGCGAUGGGCUCGCGCCGGAUCCGCGCCUGGCCGCUCGCGCUGCUGCAGCUGCUGGCCGAGGCGCCCCCGGCCGCUCCUCCCCUUCCUCCGGCCGCUGCAGCCGCCGCUGCCUUCGCCGCUGCCCGCCGCUGGCUGAGCGCCAGGCCGGCCCGCGCGCCCAGAAUGGAGUACCAGGAUGCGAUUCGGACUCUCAAUACUCUUCAGACGAAUGCCAGCUACCUGGAGCAAGUGAAGCGUGAGCGAGGAGACCCGCAGGUGCAGCUGGAGGCCAUGAAAGGGUUCUUGGAACGCAGUGGGUUAAAGGUCGAAGAUCUGGAUCAACUGAACAUCAUUCACGUCACUGGAACAAAGGGCAAGGGUUCAGCGUGUGCCUUCACAGAACGUAUCCUGCGCAACUUUGGUUUAAAGACGGGUUUCUACAGCUCUCCACACUUGGUCCAGGUACGCGAGAGGAUUCGCAUCAACGGGCAGCCUAUCAGCAAAGAGCUCUUCAGCAAAUAUUUCUGGCAGGUGUAUAACCGGUUGGAGGAGACCAAGGAUUCUGAGCAUGCUGCUAUGCCGGCCUACUUCCGCUUUCUGACCAUCAUGGCUUUCCACGUUUUCCUGCAGGAAAAGGUAGACCUGGCAGUCGUUGAGGUUGGCAUUGGCGGGGCGUAUGACUGCACCAACAUCAUCAGGAAACCUGUGGUGUGCGGGGUCUCGUCUCUAGGCAUUGACCACACCAGCAUCCUGGGGGACACCAUCGAAAAGAUUGCGUGGCAGAAGGGAGGAAUCUUCAAGCCAGGAGUUCCGGCCUUCACGGUGCCGCAGCCAGACCGGCCCUUGGAAGUUCUGAAGGAACAAGCCCAAAGGAACUCGUGCCCUCUCUACCUGUGCCCAGACCUGGAUGCCUUUGAAAUGGAAGAGAAGCCUCUUCGGCUGGGAUUGGCCGGCGACCAUCAGCGCUCGAAUGCUGCUCUUGCCCUGCAGCUUGCCCGGGUGUGGUUGGAACGGCAAGGCUACCUGGAUAUUGGUGAGUUGAAGGAUCCGUGGCCCAGUCCUGAGCUGUCGGCAAAGAGGCCCCCUCCAUUGGCUCCUGUCUUCAGGCCCAGAGAACCCAUGGUCCAAGGCCUCCAGGCGACGGAGUGGCUCGGCCGCAACCAAGUGCUGCAUCACGGCCCUGUGACGUGGUACAUUGACGGCGCCCACACCACCAGCAGCAUCCAGGCCUGCGUGCGCUGGUUUCGCCAGGCUGCCCUCAACGAGGAGAAGCCCGCAAAUGGUUCCGAAGUCCGAGUUCUGCUGUUCAACGUGACGGGUGACCGGGACACCGCUGCUCUCCUGAAGCUGCUGCUGCCUUGCCAGUUUGACUAUGCUGUUUUCUGCCCAAAUUUCACUGAAGUGUCUACUGCAGGGAAUGCAGACCAGCAGAAUUUCAACGUCACGCUGGAGAACGUCUUGACACGCUGCCUGCAGAACCAGACCUAUUGGAACCGCCUGAUGGAGGCGAAGGUGGGCCAAGACCCUUGGCUGUCCCCCGUCGCAGACGUUGAAGGGGUGGCCGGCCGGCUGAAGCCAACGCCCCUCCACGCAUCUCUGAUCUUCAUGCCCCCCUCCGCUCGGCCGCUCAAUUCCAACUCCUUGGUUUUCCCGUGCAUCUCCCACGCUCUGCAGUGGGUCACCCAAGGCAGGGACCCACACUUCCAAGCCCCUGCCUCGAAAGGGCUCCACCCUCACCCCGUGGCCAGCAGCGGCGCCGUUCUGCUCAAGGAAGCAGCCGCCAUCCGGGUCUUGGUGACGGGCAGCUUGCACUUGGUGGGAGGAGUCUUGAAGCUGCUGGAUCAGUCCCUCUCGCAGUAACGGGCGCUGCCGGGAUUCCUUUCCGGGACCGCGCCUGCCGCCUACUUGAAACAUUCUUGGAUGCAGGGGGGCGGCCGCUUGUCAGUGCUCCACUGAGAUUUCAGUAGCAUCUGCAGAGUGGUUUUGCGCCCGAGGUUUCCUCUCCAGCAUUGAGAGAUCUCUCUGCUGCUGCCUGGACUUUGGGGUUCUCUCUGGCUGCUCCCCGUUUCUCACGUGGCUCCUCCGUAAGUUGGGUCCCUCUACAACUGAGCCAAAGCAACAUACGUUGCAGACGGUCGGGUCCUCUCCGUUUGAGCCCAUCAGGAGAUGGGCUGGUCGCUUUUAACGGACUACUCGAGAUGUGCCUUCUAACUUGCCCGCUUGCCUCUCUCCUUUGCCCAUUCCUUUCUUCUUUUCUGCUCUCGUCUGACAUUUCGAUGGGGCGGGAGAACAGUUUGAGUUGUUCUCGGGAGAUCUUCCCCAUCAGCUCUUCCGUAUUGUCUUGGCGUUUUCCUUGCCUUUUUUCUUGGUGUCUGAGGUGAACAGGCUGGGCUUUCUCUGGGGAGAGCAGAGGUCUGAAUAGGCUGUGUAAAUCUACAGCACAUCUAUGCGGUAUGAGUGUUCUCACGUGAGCCAGAGCAUCAGACCACAUCUCAUGUGCAGAGUUCUGGCCAGUGUGGACUCUGCACAGCCGCCUUCCCACUGUGGGUGCGGGGUGUCUGGGGACUUAGGUGCCUUUUUCUUUCAGGGCAGGGGUCUUCCGACUAUGGCCCUCCAGAUGUUCAUGGACUACAAUUCCCAUCAGCACCUGCCAGCAUGGCCAAGUGGUAGGGCUCAUGGGAAUUGUAGUCUAUGAACAUCUGGAGGGUCAUAGUUUGAAGAUCCCUGUUUCAAGGGAUUAUUGCUAUACCUCCAUAUGUGCUGAAUGCAGAAUUCUUUACUAUUAGAAGGGACUUCCGGUUUAAAAUACUGGGACUUCCGGUUUAAAAUACCCCUUUCAGGUUACGGGGCCCAAGUGUUCUAUAGUAGAUUGGUUCAUUGAACAGCACACAUCAUUAGGGUGUGCUAAUGGUUGUUUACUUUAUCGGUGCAUCUAAAAUCUACAUCCUUUCCCCCCCUUACCAGGAACUUCUGUCCCUUUGGUGUAUCUCCCUGCUCACAUAGCCUGAGACACAACACUAAAAUGGGGGUGGGGGGAGCUACUGGGAGACUUUUUCUAGUAUGCAACAUAUUCUCAAUCUGAAGGUUUUAUGAAAAAUCCUGAUUCAGGGAUGCUGCACCUGCAGGACGUUACCACCUCUUAAAUUCACUGAUAUUAGAAGGUGGGGGAAGGAGGUUAAAAGUGUACCUCUUGUGCAUGAGAACGCGUCACUGUCCUAACCUCCUUUGACGUGCAUCUUUUGACAUGGGGGAGGGUAUUUAGCAAAUCUCUCUCACACACACCCCUUUUGAAGGCAUACUGUGCCCCCUGCAUGCACCGCGUAUCUUUGCUGGAUAGCAGCAUGCGCUCAGUCUGUGUUGUGACAUUUGCCCAAUGAGGAUGCAACGGGAAAUGCAUCGCUGGGCAAAAUGUAUUGGCAAACUCUACGAAAAAGAAACGGGGUGGUUGCUUUAAAUGGUGCUCAUUCCCUAUAGGUUCGCCACCACUGCUAUAGAUGUUUUGGAUAUACACUUGCAGCGGCACGUGCUGUUAAGGGUUAAAGCGGUUCUUCUGUGCCGAGUUCUAAUUUUCCACAGGACAGUUAGCAGCCAACUGGAAUCCCUGAACUUUCUUAGGGAUUCCUCUGGAGAAAAUCCCUACUGCGUGGCCAGCUUGGUUGUUCGGUCUUUCUUUUUCUGCCCCGAUAGCAGCUGCCGCCCUAAAGAUUUUCAUGAAGGCAGGAGUUAUGCAGGUAUCUCAAACCUCAGUCUGUGCCACAGAUCUGCAGUUGAGUUUUGUACUCCGGCUGUGAACGUGAGUGUCUAGAUGGGCCAGAUAUCUGAUCACCUCCCGUGUAGUUCAGUAGGAAAACACGUAUCCCUCUUUACUGGGACUUCCCUCCUCCAACUCUAAUGUACAAAUGGCAAAGUUUAGACCUUGACUAUCCCAGCAGUGUUAUCUUCUUCUAUCCCACAGGUGUCAAACUCGUGGCCCUCCAGAUGUUUUGGACUACAGUUCCCAUCAUCCCCUGCCAGCACCGUGCUGGCAGGGGAUGAUGGGAACUGUAGUCCAUAACAUCUAGAGGGCCACGAGUUUGACAUCUAUGUGACUAUCCCUUCCUGUUGUGGGGGCAUCUCCCCCUUUUGCUCACAAAGGUUCUUGAAGAUUCUUAAGAGUUUAAGCUUGGAUUUUAAUUCACAGCAAUUUUUUUUGUGGGGGAGGGUAUGUUUGAGCUCUGUGACAGAACAUAUAUGGAUUUAAAAAAAAAUAAUAUCUGAACAGUUCCCUUUAUCUGCAUUUCUGUACCUGACUCUUGGCUAAAGAGGUAGAGAGCUAGAUGGCGAAUUCUAUUGAAAAAAAGUAAUUUAUCUCAAAAGUAUUGUUUUUGUUAUUUUAUAUCAAAUCUUUUAACUGUUUUUAUAGACGGGACUUUUAUUCCUUUUUAAAGGCUGCUUCCUGUGAGACUUUUUGGAAAUAAAUGAGACAUUUCUGCCAACCUGACAUUGAAGUGGUGGAAUAGAUGUUCCAAAUAAAGAACUGAUAUUAGA